AUGUCAGUGGAGCACGUAGUUGUGACCACAGAACCUCCAACUCCUGCUCUCUCAAGACAUUUCUCAUCAAGCAUACAACGAGAUGCAGACUUUACCCACGCUGUGAUAGGUGGCGGCGUAGUCGGCCUAGCUAUAGCCCGCAAACUGCAACAGAGAGAUGGCGCAUCAACAGUUUUGAUAGAGAAGCAUGGCUCCGUCGGUACAGAGACCAGCUCGCGGAACAGCGAAGUCAUACAUGCUGGUCUCUACUACGGGCCCACGUCCCUCAAAACGAAAUUAUGUCUUAGAGGAAAAGAUAUGUUGUACGAGCUGUGCAAGAAAAAUGAUAUUCCACACCGCAACACCGGGAAAUGGAUCGUCGCGCAAGACGCAGCGCAAAUGGACGCUCUACAGAAGGUCCACGACUUCGCAAAGAGCAUCAACGUCCCGAUUCACUUUCUCAGCAAAGAUGAGGCGAAAAGUCGAGAACCUGAUGUCAGAGCCGAGGCCGGGGUACUAGAAAGUCCCAGUACCGGGAUCGUAGAUUCUCACAGCUUGAUGCAAUACCUCGAAGGUGACUUUGAGGACCAUGGCGGAAUCUGCGCCUUCAAAUCCCCAGUCACACACAUCACACCUCUCGACUCUGGACAUAGUGGCUGGGAAGUCACGACCAGGGGGGAAGAUGGCGAAGAAACCACCAUAACAGCGGACACCUUGAUAAACUCUGCCGGUCUCUUCGCCGUCCAAAUUUCAAACAUGAUUCUACCCAAAGAUCGGCAUCGAAAAGCCUUCUAUGCAAAAGGCUCUUACUUCUCUUAUGCAGUAUCCCGUCCCCGUCCUUCGACUCUUGUCUACCCUGCUCCAGUUCCAGGCCACGGCGGUCUAGGGACUCACCUCACCCUCGACAUGUCCGGGCGCAUUCGCUUUGGCCCAGACGUCGAUUGGACAGAUUCGCCUACCGAUUACGCGCCCAACACCAAGAACAUGGCGCAGGCUAUCGAUGACAUUCAAACAUACCUACCUGGUGUGCAUAGAGAAGCCAUUCAGCCGGACUAUGUAGGCAUACGACCGAAGUUGGGAAAGCUUGCAGCGACGAGUGGAAAGGACUUUCAGGACUUUGUUAUUCAAAAAGAGGAUGGGUAUGAGGGUUUUGUCAACUUGUUGGCCAUUGAAAGUCCUGGGUUGACUAGUAGUUUGGCCAUCGCAGAGGAGGUAGAGGGACUGCUGUAUACGUAA